UCGCCUGCCGACAUGGCCGCGCCAAUUCACAGCUUCGUCAAAGUCUGCAAUUACUGAUAACCAUGACGCCCUUCUAGUCUCACUCUUAUUCAAGCAACUAGCAGUCUUCUCUUCUCUUCCAUCAUCUUCUUCGACCCAUUGGAGGAGGAGACAUUUCUGGAGAAACUCAAGGUCUUUGCGUUCCAAUCCAGAUAUGAAACCCCCUAUCAAUGGCGAUUUGUUCAGAACACCCGCUUUCCUUAAGAUCGUUGCUUUCUUCUUCGUGACCGUCACUUUCUUUUUCUUAGGCAAGCACUGGUCGGAAGGAUCCCAGCAACUCGUCUUCUUCACCUCUACGAGUCAGGAGCCUACGGUUGCUACGUCCCCGAAUUACAACAAAUUCUUCAAUAUCUCUGCCCUCAUUGGUCAGAAUGAGACUCAAUCACAGCCGGAGAAAACCCUAGCAGCAGUGCCCCAUGUGCCACCCCAGGCUCCCCCUCCACCGCCACCGGCUUCGAUUCGGACAUUCGGGAUCCUCAACGAGAAUGGAACGAUGUCUGAUGACUUCGAGGUUGGGGACUUCGAUCCGGAGCUGGUUGAUAGUUGGGUCAAUGAGACUCAAGUUGAAACGGAGGAGAGGUCUGCGUCUGCUCCCCAAUUCACGAUAAAGAAGUUUGGGUUAUGUCCGCGGAGCAUGAGUGAGUAUAUACCUUGCCUAGAUAAUAGAGAGGCAAUUCAGAAGCUAAAGUCGACGGAAAGGGGUGAAAGGUUCGAGAGGCAUUGUCCUGAGAAGGAUCGAGCAUUGAAUUGCUUGGUUCCGGCGCCUAAAGGAUACCGUAACCCAAUUCCAUGGCCGAAAAGUCGAGAUGAGGUAUGGUACAGCAAUGUUCCUCACACUCGUCUUGUUGAGGAUAAAGGGGGUCAAAACUGGAUUUCCAGAGACAAAGAUAAGUUUAAAUUUCCAGGAGGUGGUACACAAUUCAUACAUGGAGCAGAUGAAUACUUGGAUCAUAUUUCCAGGAUGAUUCCUGAAAUCGCAUUUGGUCAGAAUACAAGGGUUGUUUUAGAUGCUGGCUGUGGUGUAGCCAGUUUUGGUGCGUACUUAUUAUCACGAGAUGUACUCACUUUGUCUAUUGCUCCCAAAGACGUCCAUGAAAAUCAGAUCCAAUUUGCUCUUGAGCGCCAUGUGCCUGCAAUGGUGGCAGCAUUUGCAACUAGACGUUUAUUAUAUCCUAGUCAAGCUUUUGACCUGAUACAUUGUUCGCGCUGUAGAAUCAAUUGGACUCGCGAUGAUGGGAUGUGGCUAAUUGAAGUUAAUAGGAUGCUAAGGGCAGGAGGGUACUUUGUCUGGGCUGCCCAGCCAGUUUACAAGCAUGAGGAAAUUUUGGAAGAACAAUGGGAUGAGAUGCUUAAUCUUACAACUCGUCUCUGCUGGAAGUUUCUGAAAAAAGAUGGAUAUAUUGCAAUAUGGCAGAAACCUUCUGACAACAGCUGCUAUCUAAACCGUGAGGCAGGAACUAAUCCUCCACUGUGUGAUCCAAGUGAUGACCCUGACGAUGUUUGGUAUGUAAAUCUUAAAGCAUGCAUCUCUCGAUUGCCUGAAAAUGGAUACAGAGCAAACGUCACAAGGUGGCCUGCACGCUUGCAAACUCCACCUAAUAGGCUUCAAAGUAUAAAAUUUGAUGCCUUCAUAUCCAGAAAAGAGCUCUUCGUGGCAGAAACAAAAUACUGGAAUGAUAUAAUAGGAGGCUAUGUUCGUGCAUUACACUGGAAGAAGAUGAGAUUAAGAAAUGUGAUGGACAUGAAAGCUGGUUUUGGAGGAUUUGCGGCUGCGUUAAUUGAUCAUAAGUUCGACAGUUGGGUUAUGAAUGUUGUUCCUGCUAGUGGCCCAAACACCUUGCCUGUUAUAUAUGACCGUGGGUUGAUUGGAGUUAUGCAUGACUGGUGCGAGCCAUUUGACACGUAUCCCAGAACGUAUGAUUUACUGCAUGCAGCAAACCUGCUUUCUAUUGAGAGAAAAAGAUGCAAUAUUUCAUCAAUUAUGCUUGAGAUGGAUCGGAUUCUAAGACCUGGAGGGCGGGUAUACAUCCGUGAUUCCCUGACCAUCAUGGAUGAAAUUCAAGAGAUUGCCAGGGCAAUAGGCUGGCACGUGACAUUGCGAGAUACAUCCGAGGGGCCUCAUGCAAGUUAUAGGGUCUUGGUUGGUGAUAAGCACUUACUCCGGGCUUGAAGUCAUGAUGUGUAUAAAACAUGCCGGUUUUUCCUUUGAUCUUCCCAAUGAGGAUCAUCUCCACAGUCACACUCAUUUGAGAAGCAUGGAAACAUUGCUACAAGUAGUCCCUUCUCUUCCUCACAGCUUCUGGAAGUGCAGGUAUGCCGGGAGCAUUUCUUUAUUGAUACUUGACAUCUGAUACCAAUCAUCUAACUUAAUUGUAAAAUUCAACUUCUUUGUUUGUGCAGAACUUUCAGAUUAGCAUUUCUUAUUUUGUUCCUUGAUGCUUAUUAUUGCAAACAUUGCAAUUCCUCCAUGUAUUUUCUCCCCAAUUUUUCGUUGUCAAGUUAUGUUCUUGAUGUUAUUCCACCA